AGUUACGAUGCCAUACUACUUGGCAAAUACUACUCGUAUACCCUGUCCUUUCCACCUGAACUCCUAUUCCACCCGAACCCCCCGUAGCUCCUUCUAGGACUCGCAUAUGGCCUGCGGGUACUCGAGUACCGGUACCGCACCCGAGUGCUGUACAGUACAACUUGAAAACUUUGGUGCCGCGGCUAAUGAGUCUCUGUAACCGUGGAUCCCUCUACUCGAGUACACCAUAACUACCACCAAGUUGGAAGGCUCUCCUCGCCACCUCACCAGUGUAUGAUGGUCUCUCGUAGUUGGGAAGAUUGGGUCCGCUAAAUAGGGUCUGCUAAUAGGGUAGGGUCGGGAAAAGUUUAUUGUUGUCUAGGCUUGGCAGGGACUGCCAAGGUAUCAUAGUGAGGGGGGUGUGUUUGUUGAGCCUCAUUGCUUCUUUUGACGUUCGCCUCGGGGCGAUUGACCAAGGAGUUUGCCACGCAACUGAAUUUACGAGAUCUACAAGACUCGCUUCGCCUCCGGAAGUUUUCCCACUAACAAGUUGGUGGUCGUGGGGGAUACGCUAAAAUGACCUCAACAGAACAAUACAUCGACUACCCAACCCUUCUCUCCCCGACCUUCUCCCCAACAACCUUCUCCAGCUCACUUAUCUCGCAGACCAACCACCCCAAUGAGCCACUUGACCUCACAACCCCCCUCUCGCGCGUCCUCUUUGACCUCCAGGAAAUCGACACAACCCUGCACACCUUAACCACCACCUCUUCUACCUUACUGUUAACGCACACUGCCACGACGACCCACGCUUCGUCGACCCUGCUCUCGGCCGUGACGGCGCAAACGGCCACACUGAACACGGCGUACGAGCGGCUACGCCGCGAAGUUAUUGACCGCGGUGACCGUGCAGAGGAGGUGGUCUGUGCCGUGCAGAACCUGCACGCGACGACGAGGGUGCUGCGGGAGGUUAGCCGUGGCGUGGUGCUUGCUCGGCAAGUGGAGCGGCAAGUGGCGGAUUUGGAGCGCGGGGAGUGGAGCGCUAUGGUUCGGUGCUCUUUUAGCCUGCUAGAGUUGGGGAGGUUGUUGGAGCAGGGGGAUGGAUUGAUGGAAGUGGACCUGGCGAGGUCGCUGAACGAGAGGGUUUACCAGCCUACGCGGUCGAACAUCAUUUCCCGGGCGAAGGAGAUAAUCACCACAUUUUCACUCCUCACCCCGGACACAUCAACCCCCUCCUCCACCACCACUCCUACCCCUCCAUCCAGUGCCGCCUUCACAGCCCUCCCCUCCACCUCCCCAGCCCUCCGCCAAAAGCUUUCCAGUACUCUCCAAUCCCUCUCCCUCCUCUCGCCCCCUGAUCUUCACACAUCAAUCCGCACCCUCCUGCAGACCCACACAACCGCCAGCACUAACCUCCUCACGCGUGCCCUAAACUCACUUACCACCCUCGACCGCACCCUCGCCGAAGUCUCCAUGCGCAGCCUCUCCGUCGCCGCCGUUGAGGGCUACCUCGACGGCGUUGGCCUCGCGCAAACCGUCCUAGCCGAACUCGAUAUGCGCCGUCUAACGACAGGGUUUUGGUGCGGCGUGGCGGCUGGCUGGGAGCCGAGGGUCAGAGAUGUUGUGCUUAGGGGGGGCGCCAGUGCGAGGAUGUUGAGGGCUGGCAAGGAGAGGGUGCGGGAGGGGGUUAGGACUUGCGUUCAUAGGGGUAUGGGUAUAGAAAGGAGGGAAAGUGGUGAAGGUGAGGGGGGUUUUGAGGUUGCCAUUAUGGUUGGAGCGUUGGGGAGUUUAGGGAGAUGACUUUGUAUCAUACCUAGGAAGGGUAGGAUCAUGUUAAAUCACUCGUGUAUUGGUGUUGG